AUGACGCGUAUACCCGAGAAGACUAUCGCGUGGCUUAUGGAGCCCGGUGAAGGCGGAUCGUUACAAGAAUUAAUCGAGCUCAUGGCUCAGGUAUCACGUAUGGCUGCCGCUGUCGAAAAUGCCGAUGCCUCUGAUUACGAGGGCUGUCGAUCCCUCUUCGAUGAGUGUUUGAAACUUGAGAAAAAGCAUAUGGACCUCUUGAAUCUAAUCGGCCACAACAUGGACAGAGAGCUUCCUACCUAUACCCGUGGUGAACUGAAGACAGCAGUACCCGCCACAGACGAUUUAUUCGGUCCGGCCUUCCGCUUCAGCUCGGUCGAUCAAGCUAAUGUCCACAUCUUCCUUUGGCUUUCAUUGCCUUUUCUUUACCCUCUUAUCCAUCAAUGCCAGGUUCUUACUCUGUCCGACACACCUGAUUGUUUGCGAAUCGAGGGCUAUUUGGCUAAAGAAGCGGCAUAUCACCUUUCCACAUUCUAUGUCGGCCAGGCCGCUCGGUGCCUUCCCUACUUAGGGCAAAGCGGCAUGCACUCCUGGUCCCUCUUUUAUGGGAUCCUUUUUGCAAUCCAGGCCGCACGAGUAUACAGUCACGUCCGGGAUUGGGAGCGAUUUCUUUGGGCUCAAGACAUUUUUACCUGUUUAGAGCUUUCUGGCUUCGGCUAUGCUACUCGAUUCCGUGAGAUCUGGUGGAACUAUUGGUUUGACACCCACCGUCAUAAUCUCUUCAGGCUUGUGGAUUAUAAAGAAUUGACCAAGGAGGAUCAACCGACUCUAUCUAUAGACUACAAUUGA